CCACGACCAUCUUUUGCACGGCAGCCCUCACCCCGCUCACUGUCGCAUUGCUGAUUCACAGCUAUUGCUGAUUUUCUCCCCUAAAUGUCGGUGCGGUCACAGGCUCGCUCUCUCACUUCCUGCACCCAGCUUCCACGCCACCUAUUUGGGAGGUCUCCGUCCCCACAGAAACACUAAGACGCCCACGUCAACCGCGGAUUAUACCCAACACUCAACAGCUUACGCCAGGCGCUGUCCCCCAUGUCGUUCUUCGGCUUCGACGCCAUGCUGGCCCGCGACCGAGGCCACUCUGCUAGUGCGCCCGGCUUUGGUCAGACUCCGGACGCCUUUGCUGGCCUUGGUGGGGGUGUUGCUGGAGAUGACGAUGCUAUUGACUUUGAGGACACCUACGACGGCCUAGGUGACGGCCUCGACGAGACCGACGACGCCUUCAAUGACGAUACCUUUGGUGGAGGCCCCGCCUCCCAGCAGAGCGUUGGAAAGGACUUUGAUUUCGCCGGUCAAACCUCCAAAAUUGCCCACACUCUCCAGGAGGAGCAGAUGCUCUAUCAAACGCAGCAGCCUCCGUCCCACCAACAAAGGCCCCCUCCACCGAAGCCCUCGAAGCCUGCUAGGACCGGCUACGAGAGCUACCAUGACCCUAACUACAUCCCACAGCUGGAAGCAAGGGCAGACAUCUGGGGACUCAAGCCCAAGCACCCGGUUCCCGCGAAGCAACCCGAGAACCAAGCACCGCCGCCUCCGCAACCAGCUAAAAAGAUGAUGAGUCUGGAAGAGGUCGAGGCCAUGAUACGUGCUCAGACCUUGCAACACGAAGAGCCUGCUCCUGUCCUGAUCCAGCCUCAGCAGGCCCAGCCGCCACCUCUUCCCGUGCAUCCUCACCAGCAAGUCCCCCAUAGCCAACCCCAUUUCCCUGGAAUUCCAGGUCAAGGCCAAUUCGUGCCCCAGAUCCUGCAACGCCCGCAGCAGCCUCAGCAGCCUCAACAACCACAACAUGCGCAGCAGCAUGGUCCUCAUCAGAGGUCCGGAUCGAGGCAUCAACAAGUACACGCCGAACUGCCAGGUCAUUCCGUCCAAGCCCCGCCCGUUCAUCAUCCCACUAUUCUGCAAAGACAGAGGCCUCCCCCAAAUGAACCUUCAAUCCAACAACAUAGACAUGCACCACCGCAGCCUACUGCGCAGAGACCGGCUUCUCAGCCUAGACAGAUUUUGCAGAACCCGAGCCGUCUUUCCGGACAGGGCCAGCCCAUGGCCCAACCAGGGCCUCCGGCUUCUCGAGGUCCCGCUCCCGGGCACAGUCGCGGACCCUCCUACCCCUCAAUGGUGGUUACAAAUCCCGAACAACUGCUCCAUCUUUCAAAAGAGGAACGUGAAGCAUUCCUCGCAGAAGAUGCCAAACGCGCCAAGCGCAACCACAAAAUCGCCUUGUUGUCAAAGGACAACGGCCUAAUGACCCCACAAGAUAAGAAUUUCAUUACCCGAAUCCAAUUACAACAGUUGAUGACCGCGACUGGCAAUCUUAAUGAGCAAACACCGGAGGCGGCAAUCGCGGAAGACUUCUAUUAUCAGGUGUUCAGCCAGAUUCGUGGCGCUCUACGACAGACGCCCCACCAACCAGCCAGCCAAUUUGCUCAGACGUAUCUCUUCCAGACGAACGGUAGAUACGGCCCUGGCCGUAGACACGGACGAGGUGCAGACAAUCACAUGCAGCGUAUGGAGCAACAAGUCCAGCGAGCCGUUGAAGCAGCCAAGGCCAAACCCAAGGCAAAACAGCUUACCAUCGAAGGUAGCCUCGGAAAGAUAUCAUUCAGCAAUUCGAAGACUCCUAGGCCGUUGUUGAGUAUGAAGAGGCCUGAGUCAACUGACAAGCAGCCUAGCAAGCCACACAAGGUGUCUGUUGCGGAUCGAACAGAGACACUACGAAACAUCGAGAAUGUGUACAUGACCCUGAUGCACAUGGAAGACCAUGAACGAACCUUGCCAGCCCCAAUCAAUCAAGACAGCGACCCGGAAGCCAUUCAAAGGCAUAUGGAAUGGCGGACGAAGAUUGAGACCUUGCACAAGAAGCUUUGGGAUGACAUCAAGAUCAUGGAGCCAAUCAAUCCAAAUCCUCUAACGCCACAUCCGUUCAUCGCCAUUCUAUCCCACGCUAAAGGCAAGAAAGCCAUCCCUCGCAUUUUCCGCCACAUCGAUGAGCAAGAACGCAUCACUAUUCUUACCAUGGUCGUUAUUCAUCUUGAUAAGCUCAACGUCGUCUCCCAUGGCAUCGCAACACCAGAAGAACCCUUGUCACCCGCUCUCCGCGAUGAGAUCGAACUCUUCCUCCACUCUGUCGUGCCCCCUCUCUAUGCUCACAUCUUCGAAUCGCCGCUCAACAUCAUCAUCGGUCUCCUAGGUCUCAUCCUAGAACGUAACAAUGUGCACGUGGUCGCACGCACCAAAAUCGGCAUGUCCCUUCUCAUCAUGCUCAUUUCCCGCGCCGAGCUUCUCAAGCAACCCCCUGAGAUCAACGUCGUCGAUUGGGAGAAUUGGACCGAGCUCUACAACCGCCUGUUUGAUGCCGUCGAGCCUAUCCUUCCCUUGAUCUUCCCCGGCUCCAUUAAUGAUACUGAUGAUAUGUACGUUUGGCAGUUCUUAGCCGCAAUGGGUGUUGGCGCAAGCCCAGAGCAGCAGCAGAGAUUAGUCAUUGGAGUCAAGGAUCGCGUCAUGGAGACCGUUGGUGUUAGCAAAGCAUUGCCGCCUGAGAUGGCGGGGGCGAGGCUGGCGAAUGUAAAUCUCUUCAUGCGGGCUAUUGGUUUGGAUGUUGAGUUACUUGGAUGAAAUCUGGUCUACGAGCAAAAAAAACUAAAACGAAUUGACGACCUCACUUGCUAAAGGCAUUCAGAAGAGGAGGAGGGUGUUUGUACGAUGCAGUGACGGGACCGUAGAAGCCGUUGUCGAUUCCCUGGUCGGGCGUUCCACGGCACCUUUCUUGGCUGCUCUGCACGCUAGGAGAAAAUCUAUUUGGGAAGAAUGAUAGACAUGCAUCAAGGGCCAUGAGAGUUGACGAGUAUCGAAGUGCGGUUAUGGAAUGGAUAUUGUGGGCUUUGGGCACAGGCAGACACAUACCAUUUUGCCUUCUCAUAUUUCUAAAGAGGGGUCUUGUAGUUUAGGUAGAUACGUGCGUUAGUGAGAGCGAGGGGUGCAUUCUGGACUGGACUCUACAAGACAAAAAGUUUUCUUAUGGUCUUCGGCUUCAUCUUGUGUGGUUGUUGCAAACGAGGUAUUUCUAGCGGGAAGCUAGUCACAUCC